GUCACGGCUACUUGCUAUUGGAGGAAUUGCCAGUUAUUAUUGCAAAUCUAUUUAUUUCAAAUGAGAAGCUUUGGAGCUUUGAAAGAUGUCUCAAGGACACUGCGAUUUGAGGAUUUCUUGCUCUCCGUGGACUCAAACGUUGACUAAACUUUGACUAGACCAGGAGCGAAGAGAAUAUCUUCUUUGAGUGAUUUUGAUGAUAUGCAUUGGAUGCCAAGGCUUUUCAAGCUAUAGAAAUGCAAAUCAAGGAUUCAGAGAUGUUGUUACUUGGACAAGGAUGCUCCAAGCUUACUCGCUGAAGGGGUGGAUUCACAAAGCUAGGCUUCUUUUCAAUCGAAUGCCUGAGAAGAACAUUGUGACUUGGACCGUGAUGGUAUCUGCUUAUGCCCAGGCUGGGCAUCUUGAUAACGCAAAAUAUUUGCUAAAUCAAAUGCCUGAGUGGAGUACGAUUGUCCUUACAAUUAUGAUUGUCGCUUUUUUUAAAGAUGGCUAUGUUGAUUUGGCUAAAGAAAUGUUCGACGAAGUUCCUGUUGCUGAUAUACCCUCUUCAAAUGCAAUGCUUACAGGGUAUGCCCAGACUAGGCAUUUGGAGAGAGCAGAAUUGCUGUUUGAUUCGAUGCCGGAGCGUAAUGUGGUCUCCUGGACUGCAUUGCUAAAAGGAUUUUCAGAUGCUGGAGAUCUUGAGCGCGUGGAGAAACUGUUUGUGGAUACCCCCGAGAGAAACAUCGUAACUUGGAAUGUGAUUGUAAACGCAUUUGCCGCAUUCGGGCAUUUAGAACGAGCCAAUGUGUUACUAAGGAGAAUGCCCGAGCACAAUGUUGUCACUUGGAACGAAAUGAUCACGGCCUUUGCAAACUCUGGAAACAUAGCUUCAGCCAAGAAAAUGUUUGAAAAGAUGCCCGAAAGAACUCUAGCGUCGUGGAAUCUCUUAGUUUCGGCAUACGUCCUGGAAGGGCAUUUCCACGAAGCAAAACUUAUAUUCGAUCGAAUGCCACAACACAACGUUGUUGCGAUCACCGCAAUGAUCCAAGCGCUUUCGUCGCACGGUCGCAUUGACGAGGCCAAGCUCCUGUUUGAUCAAUCGGUAGAGAAGAACAUAGUCACCUACAAUGCCAUGAUCGAGGGAUUUGCCCAGAAUGGUCAGCUCUCCAAAGCCAAGACCCUUUUCAAUUCCAUGCCGAGAAGAGACUCCACCACCUGGAACAUCCUUAUCUCCGCGCACGCUCAAACUGGAUCACUGGAGGAUGCAAAGUUCCUGUAUGAUUCGAUGCCGGAGCCCAAUCUAGUCUCCACGAACACGAUGAUCUCUGCCUAUGCCCAGAUCGGGCAAACCCACGAAGCGCGACGCCUGUUUGAUUCGAUGCCAGCGCUGAGCUCCGUGUCGUGGAACUCGAUGAUCACUGCUUUCAUGCUGAAUGGAGAGCCCCACCAAGGGAGAUUGAUCUUCGAGGAGAUGCCAGAGCCCAACAUCGUGUCCUGGAACGCUCUUCUUCACGGAUUCGCCCUCAAUGGCCACCACAAGGCCGCGAAAGGAGUGUUUGAUGCCAUGCCCUUUCGUGAUGCCGUCGCGAUCACCACAAUGAUCGUCUCCCUGUGCCAGAGUAGCGAUCUUAGAACCGCAACAGCGCUGUUCGAGAGAAUGCCCCACCGAGAUCUCAUCCCCUGGACGGCGAUGGUGGCGGCAUUCGCCUACUCUGGCUUGGCCGAUCGCGCAGCGCAGUUAUUUCGAGCCCUGGAGAUGGAUGGGAUCGAGCCUAACCAGAUCUCCUUCACCAGCAUUCUCAUCGCUUGCAGCCACGCCGGGAAGCUCGAUCUAGCGCGCCAGCUCCUGCGCCUGAUGAUCCAAGACCACGAAAUCCUUCCACUGCGCGAGCAUUUCUCCCUGAUCGUCGACGGGCUAGGCCGGAUCGGGCAGCUCCGCCUGGCCGAGGAGAUGAUCCACGCGAUGCCAUUCGUGCCGGAUCCUGUCGCCUAUGGCGCGCUGCUCGGCGCAUCCAAGAUCCAUCGCGAGGACCAAGCACAAGCGCGAGGCGUCGCGCAAACCCUAGCAAAGCUCGAUCCAGCGAGCGUGACGCCGUAUGUAACGCUCUCCUCCAUUGGAUAGCCGCCACGUGGCUGUAUCUUCCAAAAGGUUAACGUGGCAGUUAGUACCGACUACACCUGGCAGGCUUACUAAGAAUAGGAGCUCGGUUUUCCACUGGGACUUUGUCAAGGACACGUCCUUGCUCAAGAGUGGGGACGGCGGUGGCGUGUGAGUGGAGCGCUCUUUGCCGUUUAAAGAGAAGCGAUCAAUGUUUGUUUUCUUGUUCUAGAGAGGAAGAAUUCCCGGAUAA